GCGCAAGGGCAUUUCGUUUACGGGUCGUACCAUCAUUUGUGUCUAUUAAAUCAGUAAAAUAAAAUCAAAUAAAUUUAAACAAAACAAAAGAAAAUACAAGAAAAAAAGACUUACUAAAAUGUUCUUUCACUUGUCAUCGAAUCAAAAAAUAUAAAGUGUUUAAAAUUAAAUUAACAAAUAUACCUUCGAAAGAAAUCUAAAUACAUUUUCAGUAUCCAGUGUGACGAAUAUACAAAUACAAUUCUAUAUAUUUGGAAUGCAAAACAUCUCAUGGAUACACACAUACGCAGUUAAAUCUAAACAAAAACACACUACAAUUGUAUACACAUACAUUGUUGCCUUAUUAUAACCAAUCUGUGACAAUUUCCGUCAAAAUUUCCAUACAUACAUAAAGUCGCGCGUACCUGUUUAAUCGUUACUGUGUGUGACAAAUAUAAAUUUAUUUGUAAUCUACAUAAAUCUUAUAAUAAUACUUCAUAAUGAUUCGUACAAAUAUGUAAUAUUUUUUUAACGAAAGAUUUAUUAUGAAUUUUAUAUAGUAUUCGUAAAAAUCAAUCGAACAUGCUGUUGUGAUAUUUUUAAUAAAAAACAACUAUAAUAAUAAUUUUAAAAAUACUCGUACAAAUACCAUUUAGAAAAAAAAAACGUACCAGCAAUUGCAUAAAUGAAACCAAAAAUACAAAAAUAAAGUAAGAAAUUUGCGGAUUUUAUUCAAUAUUCCUUUAGCAAGCCAAUUAAUACAUCGAUUAUUAAAUUAAUUUGAUCAUCAAAAGUUAAACAACUAAUUAAAUUCAAAUGCACAUCCUACACCGAACUAAUGAUCAUCAAUUUGAGGAUCAAAAAUUUAUGAUGGAACGCUUGACUAGCCAUGGGAGUUUGGGACUUUCAAGCAAUAGCCCAGCUUAUACAACACAUACAGGAAGUCAUGCUAGUAGGGGUGGUCCCACAGCUGGUCAUAGUGGUCAUGGCGGAACUCAUAGUUCUGCUGCAACCAUGCAUCAUCAGUCGUUACAAUCUGAUUUUCAACCUCCAUACUUUCCACCUCCCUUUCAUCACUCUACACAAAGUCCUCCUCAACAACAGAUACCUGCGUACUUACAGAACCACGGUGCUUUAGAGUAUCUAGGAACAGAUCCUUAUGGGCAACCUUUACCAACAUUACAUCACACACCCCUCCAUCAUUACAAUCAGUUAGCUGGACUGAGAAGUACUCAAGAUCAAUUAGGAAUACAUCGAUCUCACAGAGAGGCGGAAUUACAAGGACACGUGACACAAUUAUCACAUGGAUUUCCAUAUUCCGACCGAAGAAGUGAUUAUGGAAGUGGUUUAUCAACUGGUACUACCCAUGGAGGCCGUCUUACACAUGAUCACGAUCCUUUAGCUUUGCAUCAAGCGCUGCAAAAUGCUGUGGAUGAUGGUCAAAAUCCAGGAAUAGACGAUAAUGUUGGUUUCAUGUCGGACCUACCUCUAAUAAAAAGCAUGAAAAGUGGGAAAGAUGUCGGAAAUAUUAGCUCAGGUUCACCUAGCGAAGUAUUUUGCGCAGUUCCUGGUCGUUUAAGCCUUUUGUCCAGUACCUCUAAAUACAAGGUAACAAUUGCGGAAGUUCAGAGAAGACUGUCUCCUCCAGAAUGCUUAAAUGCUUCCCUAUUGGGUGGGGUUUUAAGAAGAGCAAAAAGUAAAAAUGGCGGCAGACUUUUAAGAGAAAAACUUGAAAAAAUUGGAUUAAAUUUACCAGCAGGAAGGCGUAAAGCAGCAAACGUUACUUUAUUAACAUCAUUGGUUGAGGGCGAGGCUGCACAUUUGGCCAAAGAUUUUCACUUUGUUUGUGAAACUGAAUUUCCGGCCCGACAACUAGCCGAAUACAUUGUGCGACACAAUACCGAACCACAAGAUUCUUAUAGAAGAAAAGAGCUUUUAAUGCAUUCGCAACAGAUUACAAAGGAACUUAUGCAAGUCCUUAGCCAAGAUCGCACAACUCAAUAUGGGACGAGAUCUCAACAUUUAUUGGAGCCUUCCAUGCAACGUCAUUUAACACAUUUCUCACUAAUAACGCAUGGAUUUGGUUCUCCAGCUAUAAUGGCCGUAUUGCAUGCUUUCCAGACAUUUCUAAAUGAAUCGGUGAAUUAUCUCGAAAAGUUGUAUCCAUCAAAUGGUGGGGGCAUGGUGUCAUCAUCUCUUGACAAAAACAAAAUGGACGGCGAUAAGAAAUGAUAAAGCAACUGCAUUUAAAUUUAUUAAAACGUUUAAAACGUAUUUGUACGAGUAUUUAAUUUAUAAUUAUUUAGUAAUUAUGUAAUGUAUGUAUGUACGUAUAAACAAUAUGUAAAUAUGUAUGUUAGACUGCCUCACAGUCCGUAAAAAUCGUUUUCUCUCAUCUCAUUUAAAAAGUGAAGAAAACUGGCCUAUAAUUUGAAAACUUGAUAACUUUUUUGAGGCAGAAAAUAAAUGUAUAACAUGAUGUAUGUAUGUACGUUUUAAGUCUAUGUAAAUUAAUAGCAAAUUAAUUUUGAGAUGAAUUAUUUUUAUUAUUUAGUACAAUAAGUAGCAAAAACAUGCUCUACGUAUUAUGCAAUAUGCAUAACAUGUAUAUAAAAAUUCUUAAGUAUAGACAUUUAAUAAUUAAAAACAUACAUUUGUAUGUAUGUACUAUGUAGGUAUUAAUUUUAAUGUGGGUACUUUUAAGUGUCCCCUUGAUGCUGUCACCAAUGUCAAUCAAUGACGGAAAAUUUAGGUUUUUUCUAUUUUUGACAGCAUUUGCCGUAUGGAUGUAUCUAAGACCCAAUUUAAUAUUUAUGUAAGAUAUUUAUAGAAAUCACCCAAAACAAUGCAUUGCAAUGCAAUUCAACAAUAAGCUAUGACCACAUUUGGUUAAAUGUAUUUUAAAUUUUUAGCAAAUGUUUGUCUCAUUAAGCUGACUUUUUGCAAUUAACGAUAUAAUCAAAACCCAAUACUGUUUUUCUUCAUCAACAUGUAUAAACUCAACACGUUUUGUUUUUUACGGUAUUAAACUUGCUUACACAUGAACAACUUUUUAUACCCCGUUCACACGAUGCAAUUAUUCGUCAUUCACGCUCUCAUUCUUCAUUUAACUCUCAAUUACUAACUGAAUUACAUGAUUCGCCAUUUCGAAAAUUUUUGCUAGGACCAAUAGGUGAAAAGUUACACUCAUUUGAAAAAAAACCUAUAUGACCAAGAUGUCCAACUUUAAGCCCCUCUAACUCCGACAUACUAUCCAAUAGUACUAACCUUGGUGCAAAUUUCAUCCAAAUAAUUUUUUUUGAGUUGGGUCACUUGAUGCGAAGUUGCCCAUAUGUUAAAAUAAUGUAAUAAAAGUAUUGUUGUAUCAUACACACAAAUAACAUAAUAAUGAAUGUAAAAAAACAUGGUGAUGAACGAUCAAAACGAAUGACGAAUGUGUCGUGGAAACGGAUUAGUUUUCUAUUAUAAUUCAGAGGCCGAAAUAAGUAUUUCAACUCUUCAUGAGAAUACCAUAAAUCUAUUAACAAAACUUUUUCUCUGAUGUUGUUUUUAGAAAUUGUUUUCAAAGAUUUUUAUUAUAUUAUAGACCGUGCAUAUAAUUAAUAUUUGUAUUAUUAAAGGUGCUAUCAGAGUUAUUUACAUAUGUAAUGUCACUCUUUCCUUAUGCAAUUCCGAAUGUAUGUUAAAAUUGUAAUUUUACAUACGAUUCAUAAUUUUUGCUAUCACACUUGUUUAUGUCUAUCCAUAAGACAUAAUCUAUAAAUGUAGACAAAUCUGUCUGUUUAAUGUAUACAAAUUAUUAAUUACUUUUUCAAGUCUCUUAUUAAUUUUUUUUAAUUUAUUUUUGCAAACAAUUUUAUUUAAAAGUACUGUUGUAUUUUUGUUUGUCACAGAAAAAUAAGACGUCGUGAUAGAAUGAGAAUAAAGUAGAUUUUGUCCCUAUCAAAUAAUACUUUUGAGGUGAAAGUAGACAAUACGCGUUGUACGCUGUAACGCGUUAUAUACAUAAAUAUGUAUAUACUGGUGUCAAGAAAGUUGUGUAUUUUUAUCGAAGAGAUUCCAAUUACUAUCAAAUUCUAAUAACAUAGCUCAAGAUUUUACUUAUAAACUAAAUAGUAGUAAUAAUAGCUAAAAUAGUAGUUUGUUUUUCCCGAUGAUUUGUUACAAUAUUUUUUUCAAGUAUUAACAGCAUAAGGUUAUUAUUAUUAUUUGUUUAUGCAUUAUUUGAGAUCCUACAAAAGUCCAGUAAAAGCAAAUAAACAUUAGCUAAAAAUAGUGGAUACGAUUUUUUGUCAAAUAUUUUAUAACUGUGAACAUAGCUUAUCUUUACACAUCCACAUGAAUUGGUU